CGCACGCUAAUGAAGACGGACAGCAGUGCGGGCCAGGCGGCGCCCUUCAGCGGCAGGAGGCAGAGUCUGAUCGAGGAUGCCCGGCGGGAGCGCAGCAGCGUCUCGGCGGGCCUCCCAGGGCCCUCCCGGGUUGUGGAUGGAAACGUGUUUGAGGAAAAGGAGGGCAGAGUGACCCUCAAUGUGCUGUUUGCCCUCAGCAACGAGAAGAAUUCUGGAUUCUUCAAAACGGGAAAAAUAUUUGAGACAUUUGAAGCCAAACUUCUGCAUGUGGAAAGUCGACCAGGGAAGAAGUCGAAGAACAGCACGUCAGACUUAGAGUUCUUCGUCAAGUGUGAAGUCCACAGCUCGGACUUGGACAUCUUCAUCAACUCGCUGAAGAGAGUGGUUGACAACGUCAGGUCCAUCCCGGAGGAAAAAGUCCCCUGGUUUCCUCGACAGAUAAAAGAGCUGGACAGAUGCAACUUGUUGAUAACCAAAUUUGAUCCAGACAUGGACAAGGACCAUCCUGGCUAUGCUGACCCAGAAUACAGGAAGAGACGCGCCUUCAUUUCAGAGCUGGCCUUCAGAUACAAACAAGGCGACCCGCUGCCCGAGGUGGAGUAUACCGCAGAAGAAACAGCUACAUGGAGGGAGGUGUACAAGAAGUUGCGCAGUGUUUACCCCAGUCUGGCCUGCCGGCAGUUCCUGGACGGUUUACAGCAGCUGGAGCGAGAGUGCGGCUACGGAGAGGAGCGCAUCCCUCAGCUCAGAGAUGUCUCUGCCUUCCUCAAAGAGAAGACAGGCUUCCAGCUGCGCCCGGUAGCCGGCCUGCUGUCCGCCAGAGACUUCCUGGCCAGUUUGGCCUUCCGAGUGUUUCAGUGCACGCAGUACAUCCGCCACUCAUCAGCGCCCAUGCAUUCCCCUGAGCCAGACUGCUGUCACGAGCUGCUGGGACAUAUUCCUAUGCUGGCAGACAAGGAGUUUGCCCAGUUUUCCCAGGAGAUUGGACUGGCCUCACUCGGAGCAUCACAAGAAGACAUUGAGAAAUUAUCCACGUUAUACUGGUUCACUGUGGAGUUUGGACUCUGCAAACAGAACGGAACCGUGAAAGCUUACGGCGCCGGCCUCCUCUCAUCUUAUGGAGAGCUUGUUUACGCUCUGUCCAACGAGCCAGAGUACAAACCGUUCAACCCAGAGGAAACUGCCGUGCAGCCAUAUCAGGAUCAAACCUACCAGCCAGUUUACUUUGUCUCUGAAAGCUUUGAGGAGGCCAAGAUUAAACUGAGGAAGUACUCCGCAACGAUCAAGAGGCCCUUUGCAGUGCUCUACGAGCCUAUCACCUGCAGCAUCAACGUUCUGGAUCAGCCCAGCAAGAUUCAAAACGUACUAUGCAGGAUGCGAGAGGACCUGAAGACGCUGCAGGGCGCCUUGGAGAAGCUAAACUCCUCCUGAGGACAUCAAGACAAAAGACUGAACAGGAAUUACACAAAUCUAAAAUAAUUUGUUGCGAGUUGCUUCAAUCCCUCGUCUGUGUCGGUGUAUUGUGUGUUGACUUCAUGUCUUUAACAUGGAAAUCUGGGUUUGAAUCUCCGUUGGGCAUCUCUGUGUGGAGUUUAAAUGUUCUUCCCGUACUCCAGUUUCCUCCCACAUUCCAAUAUGAGUGUCAAAAGAUUGUUUGUCUAUAGGUGCCCUGUGAUUGACUGGCGACCAGUGUAGGGUGUACCCCACUCCCCCCUUGCUCGAAGUCAACUGGGAUAGGCUCCAACAUACCCCCGCGACCCUAGUGAGGAUAAGCGUCAUAGAAGACGGAUGGAUGUCUUUAACAUGCUGGUCGCCAUUUCAUUCCAAAACCGACCAUUUCCUUGUAGAACAUUCUUGGA